AUGAACGUCAACAAUAUGAGGCUGAGGUCCGGGAUCAAGACCCCAUCGGCAGAGGGCGUAAAGCCCGUCCCGGAAGCCGUGGAAACACCCCGCAAGACCUCGAUCACCAAGACCAAGGUUUCCUCGGCCAAAAUUGACCCGUCUUCAUCGAAGAGCAGUGCGUCUCCCGCAAGACGAGGUCGCCCACCAAAGAACCGUGACCCGUCGCCCCUCAAGCGGAAGGCAGCUUCACCCGUGGAGGAGACCCAGGAGGAACCCGAACAACAAGCCGAAGAGGCGGGUUCCGAUGAAGAUGGAUUUGGAGACGUCCAGCUCGAAGGCGCAUUGUCCGCAAGUGAAGACGACGAUUCAGACUCUGAACACUCGGGAAAGCAUGCCGAUUUCGACGGCGAGGAUGAUGAUGAAGAAGGUGUCGAGGACCCAGAUGAAGACGAUGCGCUCCACAGCGACGAUAUACCCUCAGACGAUGAUGGGACCUCAUUGAAAGUACCUCCGCUGGAGCCCGGCCAGGAACCGGGGCUCGAUCCACCCAACACGAAUCAAGACGAUAAUGACCUGCGGAACUAUCGAGUCGAGACUGAUGCGAAUGGCAACGAGAAAUACGUUUACGACGAGAUAGAUGCGGUCUACGAUUCGGACGACACGGAUGCGAAUGAGCCAAUCAACACAAUCGGCGACAUCGACCUCAAGUUCUACGAUUCCUAUCCUCACAUCGGCUACGACAUCAAUGGCAAGAAGAUCAUGCGCCCCGCUGCCGGUGAAGCUCUGGACGCCCUCCUUGAUAGCAUUGAGGUGCCCAAGGGGUGGACUGGCCUCACGGAUCCCGCAACUGGAAAACCUUUGAACCUCAGCCGGGACGAGUUGGAGCUCAUCAAGAAGAUCCAGACGAACGAGCUUCCUGACGGCUACGAUCCCUACCCUGACACUGUCGAAUGGUUUACCAGCCAUGAGGAGAUCAUGCCCUUGAGUGCCGCCCCGGAACCAAAGCGCCGAUUCCUCCCCUCCAAGAACGAACAGAAGAGGAUCAUGAAGCUGGUCCGUGCUAUCAGAGAGGGUAGGAUAUUGCCAUACAAGCCACCGGAGGAGCGCGAGGAGGAAGAAGAGGAGGAAGUUCACUUUGAUUUGUGGAAGGACGAACAACCCAGAGAUCCCCAUGUUAUGCAUCUCCCUGCGCCAAAGCUCGCGCCACCAGGCUACGAUCUCAGCUACAACCCACCGCCCGAGUACCUGCCGACAGAGGAGGAGAGAAAAGCGUGGGAGGAACAGGACCCGGAGGAUCGCGAGAAAGAGUAUCUGCCCCAAAAGUACGACUCCCUGCGGAAGGUUCCUGGCUACGACAUGUUCGUCAACGAGCGCUUCGAGCGAUCUCUGGAUCUGUAUCUUGCGCCUCGCGUGCGAAAGAACAAACUCAACAUCGAUCCCAACUCGCUUCUUCCCAAGUUGCCGAGGCCGGAGGAUCUCAAGCCUUUCCCGACAGUGUGCCAAACAAUCUUCCGAGGCCACGAGGGCCGCGUUCGUACGCUGUCUGUGGACCCAAGCGGAAAAUAUCUUGCGACUGGUGGUGACGACGGCACAGUGAGGGUUUGGGAAAUCUUGACAGGACGGCAGCUCUGGAGCGCCAGGCUCAGCAGUGACGAGGCUGUCAACGUGGUUAAAUGGAGGCCUGCUAAGGACUCAUGCAUCCUGGCUGCAGCUGCUGAAGAGGACAUCUAUCUGAUCAUACCUACUGUUAAUGAUCCACCGCUUGAGCAGGCGAGCCGGAAUAUUCUUGAUGCCGGGUUUGGCUAUGCCGCCAGUAGUAAGGCCUCCAACCCAGCGAUCGACAAGACAAAGGAGCCAGCCGCGAAGUGGGCGCGACCAGGUUCGAGGCUUGAGGACGAGGGCGUUCUUGUGAGGGUUACUGUUCGGUCAACAGUCAAGGGACUAGAUUGGCACAGACGUGGCGACCACUUCUGCAGUGUCUCACCGACAGGGCAGAGGAGCUCGGUCGCUAUCCACACGUUGUCCAAGCACCUGACACAGAUACCCUUCCGGAAACUCGCAGGUCUUGCACAAGCAGCACAUUUUCAUCCUUCACGGCCCCUUUUCUUUGUCGCUACACAGCGCAUGAUCCGCUGCUACGACCUGCAGAAGCUUGAGCUCGUCAAAACCAUCCAGCCCGGCGCACGGUGGAUUUCCUCGUUCGACGUUCACUCAGGCGGCGACAACUUGAUUGUGGGAUCUUAUGACCGCAGGCUACUCUGGCACGACCUGGAGCUGUCGACACGGCCGCACAAGACCAUGCGCUUUCAUCCCAAGGCCAUCCGCGCGGUGAAGUACCACAGGGACCUGCCUCUUUUCGCCGAUGCAUCGGACGAUGGCACGCUUCAGAUUUUCCACGGAAAGGUUGUCACGGAUCUGAUGGAGAACGCGACCAUUGUGCCGCUCAAGAUGCUGAGUGGCCACAAGGUCGUCAGUUCGCUAGGUGUGAUGGAUGUUGACUGGCAUCCGAGCCAUCCUUGGCUCUUCUCGGCUGGAAGCGAUGGGACUGCUAGACUCUGGAUAUAG